CAUAAAAAUACCAUUAUUCAAAAAAUUUUAAAACAUUUAUGAAAAAAGCUGGGUGUGUAUCAGCAGUUCACACAAAGAGCUUAGACGCCUCUGACCUCCUUCACAGCUCCUCAUUCAAUUAACAAAUGGAGGUGUGACGCGGUGAUUUCCACAGGACAGCUCCCUGUGUGUGUUUUGCUAUUUGAAGUGGACUAUCGGGCUCCUAGCAAAAUGUUUAUUGCGCCGAUCGAAGCUGGCGGGUGUGAACAAAUUCGAUCAUACUUCAAAUCCAGCAAAGAGGAAACGCACCGCUUCCAACAACAACAACAACAACAACAACAGCGGAAUUCAUUAGCACAAAUUAAAUUGCCUGGCGCGUCUCGCGCUCUGAUUGGUCCGUUCGAACGCUCGCGCGACGUUUCUGCUUCUCAGCUGACGCCAGUUUAAAGGGAAGGCGCGAAAUCAAGAGCCGCUUUAUAAUAACCAUGAGACGCAGAGGUCAGUACGUGUGACUUGCCUUGCUCAAGGUACAAGCCUCGUCUUUCCAUUUCCCAUUUAUGUCAUAAUCAGCUCCCCCCCCCCAACCAGUUGUUUUUGCCUGUCUUUUGGAAGCCGUCGUCAAGAAGGUGUACUUUUUUGUUUUUAAUCGAAAACAAAAAGCACGUUUGUGGAGACGCAGAUUACAAUGAUGUUCGAGACCAGUCAAGAUGACCUGCUGCUGUUUCCCUCAGAGGGUAGUGAUGACGCCUUUUUCCCAGCAGAGAGCUUGACUAGUGGUGGUCAGUCCCUGGCUGAAGCCUUGCUCCCUUUAGUCGAGUCUCCGUCUCCUUCUCCUAACCCCUGGGUCUGCUCCACACGCUAUAAGACGGAGUUGUGUAGCCGUUAUGCUGAGAGUGGUACAUGCAAGUAUGCAGAGCGUUGCCAGUUUGCUCAUGGCCUGCAUGAUCUCCACGUGCCCUCGCGCCAUCCCAAGUACAAGACCGAGCUGUGCCGCUCCUUCCACGCUGCCGGCUACUGCAUGUAUGGAAGCCGCUGCCUCUUUGUCCAUAGCCUGAAAGAGCAAAGGCCAGUUCGGCACAGACGUCGCAAUGUACCCUGUCGCACAUACCGCGCCUUUGGUGUCUGCCCCUUUGGCACGCGCUGCCACUUCCUUCAUGUUGAAGGUGGUUCAGAGUCAGACAGUGCCGAGAAGACCUGGCAUCCUCCUUCUCGUACCAGUGAAUGGAAACCCCGUGGUGCGCUCUGCCGUACCUUCAGUGCAUUUGGCUUUUGCCUGUAUGGCACUCGCUGCAGAUUCCAGCAUGGCCUCCCCAACACUGUAAAGGGACUCGACCUGAGACAGGCACCCUGGUCACCACAAGUUCCUGGAAGAGCGCUCUCGCCUGCUUCAGAUAUGCAGUCUUCCUCUCCACCUUCCUCCUCAGCCUCAUCACCCCAGUCCUUGCUGGCCUCGCCUGCGUUCCCUGACGACUCUGGUCCAGUCACACCGCCGUCUGCAGAAGUGGUGGCCAACAACGCUUUCACUUUCAGCAGCCAGCACCUGAAUGACCUGCUGCUGCCGCUGGCCUUCAGACUGCAACAGCUGGAACAAGCGUCUAAUCUACAUGCUGGCAUGCUGGAGCAACCUCUGCUGCCAUAACCCUGACUGUCAAUCCUUUUGUAUAGAAGUGUCUUAAACUUUUUUUAUUGAAAUUUUUUAAAUUUUUUUUUUUUUGCCUUAUUUUGAACUCUUGUCUCCAAAUGCGUUUUUUUUUUUUUCUUCCUGGGGGGAGUAGAAGGCUUUUGUUGCUACUUUAAAGUCUGUCCCAAUUUGUGGCCAGUUUAAUAUAAUGCAAUAGGCUAUUUGUAAAUUUGUAUUUUAACCCGUGGUGUGUGUAUAUAUGGAGCCUUUGGGACAUGAUGUGAAUGUCUUUAUUUAUGGAUUUUAAUUUAAAUUG